AGAAGAAAACAAAGCAAAGGAAAUCGAAUUACAACUCAGAAUUGGGAAUUCUCUUCUUCUUCUUCUUCUUCAUCGUCACUGUAAUUUCCAAUCCCCAAAAUUGAAUUCCAUGGAGUUUUUAAAUGGGUUUUAAUGGCGUUCCUCAAAAAGUAUUCCAAGAUAUAAUCUUUUAUUUUUAUACCCACACCGACGCACAAACAAAAAGUACUCUCACUACUCACUCUCUAACAAAGCUCUUCUCUCUCUACUUUCACUGGUAGAAGCGGCGACUGACGACAAACUCCGCGCUGGCAAAAGAUUCCUUCACCGCCAUCUCCUUUUCUUCUUCUCUAACCCUAAUUAGAAUUUUUCCUCACUGACCCAGCUGAAGAAAAAGAGGGAAAAGAUUAAAGUUUAAAGGAAAUUUGUGGGAUGGGUUUGUUUUUCUUCAUCUUCUGGUGAAACCCAGUUCAGGGUAAUCGCUGGUUUGUUCUGUAAUGGGGUGUUCCAGCUCCAAGGUCGAUGACCUCCCCGCCGUGGCGCUCUGUCGCAAGCGCUGUGCCUUUCUUGACGAAGCGAUUCAUCUCAGGUACUCUUUGGCGGAGGCUCACAUGGCGUAUAUUCAUUCCCUUAAAGGGAUUGGCCAUUCUUUGCAUAAUUUCAUUGAAGAGAGUGUUGGGGUUUCUCCUGGGUCUCCUCUUUCGCCGAAGCUUAAUCUUCCUCCUCACCGGAAGGGCGAUCCCGUUGGGAAUGGUGCAUCGGCAAUUGAAGAAUCUGCCUCUCCGCCUCACCAUCUCUCUCACUCUAAUUCCGGCUCCCACCUCCAGUUUCACUCCGAUUCCGAUGAUGAUUCCGGCUCUCUUCACCAUUCUGGCAACUCCUCCCCUUUCCACGGCGGUCAUAUGGGUUAUAUGC